AUGCUGCCUAAACUUCAAGGUCGACCAAAAGAAACAAUUGCGCGCCCUUAUGGGGAUUCUCCAGAUCUUGCCCUUUGCUUCGAAGUGACUUCUACUUGGAAGCUACUAGAAAAUUCAGAGUGCGAUAGACUCGACAAAGAAAAGACAUUCCCGGCCCUGUUACAUGUUGGCAUCGGUGAUGCCAUCCCUUACACAUUCGACGGGGGAAUUUUCAAUUCUUGGAUCGGUACGAUGGAAGAAGAAUCUGCCGUCCCUAAUUACCUGGCGAUACUCAUAAUCGGCUGGUGUUACAUUCUCUCGGCUCGGCUCGUUGAAAUACUUGGAGAGGGCGCUUGUAUGCAAUACAAGGAACCUGAGCCGGAAUACUCCGCUGAGAACCUUUCGCAGUCUUCGAAAACACACAGCAUCGAUGUUGGAGAGGUGGAUGAGGCAGUGAUUCGGUGGUGGUCUGCGAUACUCACGCAACGCAACGGAUGGGAAGGUAUUGUGGAUCAAAGCCCCGACAGCAAAUUCGUCACCCCUUGGACAGUUUGCCGCACAUGUGAAACAUCUUUUGUCAUCAAGAAUAAAAGAAGCCCGUCCUUAACUUCCUUCGACAUCCCUUUAUCUUCAGAAAGAGCUUUUGAAGCCCUUGCGGAGUUCGCAUGUUUACACAACUUGGGCAGUCAAUUCCCUAUUGCCCUGGCCGUGGCCCUGGUCCUUCCAACACAUAGAUUCCAUGGCUCAACUGUCAGAUUUCCACCUCCAAGCUCAGCUAGUGGGAAGUCAGUUAUGAUCGAAGCUAUUCCGUCAUCAUGGGCGAGUUUAAAUGACCAGCUUCCCUAUUAUAUGACUCUGAGUUGCCAUCCAGAAUUGAUGUUUUCAGUCUUGUGUGGCUUAUUCUGGGAACUUGAGGUUCCUUGUAAUCUUGUUAGCUCCUGGCUACAUCCGGUUCUAAAUGAGGUACUGGACGAUACUGCGGAGUAUAAUCAGGAAAUUCUUGCCUUGAUAGGCGCAAUUCGCCGACCAGGUUUAAGUGCACUUUGGAUAGGAGCUAUUGCAAGCGGGCUGGGCCCAAGCAUUCUUUCAAGAGUCAAGAGAGGCAGGCCUCCCCUUGAUCCACUUGCCUAUCCUUGGACUGGCUAUCCACAGAGCUUUAUGGAUAUUCCUGGCUCAGGUCCAUAUGCCUUUGGAAAUCCCGAAUGCAUCUCAAGGAAAGAUGUGUGGCGCUUACUACACCUUCCUCCCACUGAAGAGGAUGAAUACAGCUUUGAAUACAGGCCCGAUACACCUUGGGUACCCUGUGGAGUAUCUCUAACAAAAGACUGUGUUCUUCGGGUGGCUUCACAUUUAAAAUGCCCCCGACAUGAAUACCAAUAUGACUAUUUGAAGUGGGAGCUAGCGAAUGGGGCGAUUGUUCAGGAUCGUGGGUUCUCAAGAUCAUCUUUACCAACCAUGACAAACGAUACAAGAUGCGCCACUCCUGGAAUCGAGAAUCUGGAGGUGUUUCCAAAGAAAGAGCUCGAUCAAACGGCAUCCAGAAGUGCUUCGCGAUACAUCUUUCAUUGGUUGUAUAUCAACGGUGAGGGUCGCCCCUCUGAAAAGAUCUAUCAAGAUGGCUGGCUUAAUGGGAUAUGGAAGGAAAGUGCUUAUGGAGCGGACGAGAUUGAUGAUGAUAGUACUGAAAAACCUGACGGACAGAGCGAAGCUCAAAUUGAGCUAUGGCUCAACAACAUUGGGUAA